AUGGCGCAACCCGCCCGCCACGCCGCAAUGCUAUCCAUUAGCAACAGCGGUCCAAACCUCCCCGUGGCAGCAGCAGCAGACAGACAGCAACCGGCACAACACAUCCACACGCAAUCCCAAUCAAGCCAGGGUCUGCGCGUCCCGUCAAACCGCAAAACCAUCUACGAUAGACACCUGAACCGCAGCCGCAAUGCGGAGCUCAGCCGGGCUAGCUUCGCCUUUCUGUUCGCCGAGAUGGUGACUUAUGCUCAGAGACGAGUAACGGGAAUUCAGGAUUUAGAACGCCGAUUGAACGAACAAGGCUACCCCCUAGGUCUCCGACUCCUCGACCUCCUCUUCUACCGCACCAUGUCCAGUUCCACAUCCUCCGCUCUAUCCAGCUCCUCCUCAACUUCUUCUUCCCCUCCCAACCGUCCCCUCCGCAUCCUCCCCCUCCUUCAUCUCAUCCACGGCCCUCUCUGGCGCCUCCUGUUUAAUCGCCCCGCCGAUGCCCUCGAGCACUCUGUCUCUCCGGAGACGCCUAAUGAAUAUAUGAUCACCGAUAAUGAUCCCCUCGUUAAUACGUAUAUCAGUGUGCCGAAGGAAAUGAGCAUGCUUAAUUGCGCUGCCUUCGUGGCGGGGAUUAUUGAGGGCGUUUGCGAUGGGUGUGGAUUCGAGGCGAAGGUCACCGCUCAUAAUCAGCCUACGGAGAUGUGGCCCGGCAGGACGAUAUUCUUGUUGCGCUUUGGGGAGAGUGUUAUGGAGCGGGAGAAGGUUUUGGAGAGGGCGGGCGUUAAAUAA